ACCACGUCACGUAUAAUAUUGGGUUGGCGAUUCGCAGCGAUGGCGACUCGAUUCUUAUACGGGACGUAUUGAAACUGGCCUCGGAUAUGACAAAUGUAUUUCCUAACGUGUAAUUUAUUGCAAACCCAGUGCACGGAUCUUCAACUGGAUCAUUAACGUUUCUAUUGUCAUUGCUUUCUCUCUGACUUAGAUUUGGGGUCCAGUGAAGAAGGCCUGUGUUCCUUGUCCAGUGACCCACACUCCUUCACAAGGGCCAUGGAGGAGGAGGGGCCGCAGAGCAUGGAAUGUAUCCAGGCCAAUCAGAUCUUCCCCAAGAAGCCCCCAGUCCUGGAGGAGGGGAGCCUGCAGGUGCCCUUUCCCGAGCUGCAUGGGGAGUUCACAAAGUACGUGGGGAGAGCGGAGGAUGCAAUCAUCGCCAUGUCCAGCUACCGCCUCCACAUCAAGUUCAAAGAGUCCAUCGUAAAUAGUGACAGUUGUUGUGAGGUGUCAGUCCCUCUGCAGCUCAUAGAGACUGUGGAGUGUCGUGACAUGUUCCAGCUCCAUGUCACCUGCAAGGACUGUAAAGUCGUCAGGUGUCAAUUCUCCACCUUAGAGCAGUGUCAGGAGUGGCUGAAGCGGCUGAACGCUGCGGUCCGCCCUCCGUCUUGCUUGGAGGACCUCUUCUCCUUCCCCUUCCAUGCCUGGUGUGUGGACGUGUAUGCCGGGGAGAAGGAGCAGCACGGGGAGUUGUGCAGGCCAGGAGAGCAUGUGACCUCCUGGUUCAAGAAUGAGGUGGAGAGGAUGGGCUUUGACACUCAAAACGCCUGGAGGAUAUCUGACAUCAACAGCAAGUUCAGGCUGUGCUCCAGCUAUCCGCAGCAGCUCCUGGUGCCAGCCUGGAUCACAGACAAGGAGCUGGAGAACGUGGCAGCCUUCCGCUCCUGGAAGAGGUUCCCGGCCGUUGUGUUCAGGCACCAGAGCACUGGGGCUGUGAUUGCCCGCUGCGGCCAGCCGGAGGUCAGUUGGUGGGGCUGGAGGAAUGCAGACGACGAGCACCUGGUCCAGUCCAUCGCCAGGGCCUGUGCUGUGGACUGCAGCUCCCGCAAACACCUGGCAAACGGAUCCUACAUCAAUGGAACCAAUGGAAUCAUCGGCACCAAUGACCUCGUGGACACUGACUUCGUUUCAGAAUCGUCCCUGACGAACAGCUCGGAGGUAGAGACGCUGGCCAUCCAGCCACAAAAGCUGCUGAUCCUGGAUGCCAGGUCCUAUGCAGCCGCUGUGGCCAACAGGGCCAAGGGAGGGGGCUGUGAAUGCCCAGAGUACUACCCCAACUGUGAGGUGGUGUUCAUGGGCAUGGCCAACAUCCACUCCAUCCGCAAGAGUUUCCAGUCCCUGCGUUUCCUCUGCACCCAGAUGCCCGACCCGGCCAACUGGCUGUCUGCUCUGGAGAGCACCAAGUGGCUGCAGCAUCUAUCUCUGCUGCUGAAGGCUGCCCUGCUGGUGUUGAACGCUGUGGACCGCGACCACAGACCUGUUCUGGUGCACUGCUCUGACGGAUGGGACCGCACGCCCCAGAUCGCUGCCCUGUCCAAGCUCUUGUUGGACCCAUACUACCGCACCAUUGAGGGUUUCCAGGUGCUGGUGGAGACUGAGUGGCUGGACUUUGGCCAUAAGUUUGCUGACCGCUGUGGCCAUGGGGAGAACUCAGAGGACCUGAACGAGCGCUGCCCGGUCUUCCUGCAGUGGCUGGACUGUGUUCACCAGCUCCAAAGGCAGUUCCCAUGCUCCUUUGAGUUCAAUGAGGCCUUCCUGGUGAAGAUGGUGCAGCAUUCCUACUCGUGUCUGUUUGGCACCUUCCUGUGCAACAGUGGGAAGGAGAGAGAGGACCGUCAGGUUCGGGAGAGGACCUGCUCCGUGUGGUCACUGCUGCGACCAGCCAACCGCGCCUUGAGGAACAUGCUCUACUCCUCCCACUCCGAGACUGUGCUCCACCCAGUGUGUCAUGUACGUAACCUGAUGCUGUGGACGGCAGUCUACCUUCCCAGCUCUUCCCCCACCACGCCCUCUGACGAGUCGUGUGCACCCUAUCCUGUGCCAGGUGCCAACCCUGAGGACACUCCCCUGGGCAGACGUCCAAAGACCCGUUCCUUCGAUAACUUGCCCAGCGCAUGUGAGCUGGGGAGCUCGCUUGCCCCCAACCGGCGCUCCAGUGACCCAAACCUGAAUGAGAAGUGGCAGGACCACCGGCGCUCUCUGGAGCUCAACAUCGCUAUGGAGCCUGAUGGAGGGGGAGCUCAGGAAGGGCUUGCUAACGGCCAGCCUGGAGCAGCAGGGCCUCAGGCAGGCACGGCCGACUCUGAGCCGGAAGACAGCCCUGAAGGAGGGCAGAUUGAGCUGAGAGACAGAGCCUCCAAGGGGUUGUUAGCAGCAGGAGAAGAGCUUGAGCUCUCCAUUGAGCUGGCUGUGGCAGAGGGACAGAUGGAGAACAUUCUCCAGGAAGCAACAAAGGAGGAGGUUGGUGCCGAUACUCAGAGAGAAGCUAACGCUGCUGCUCCUCCUAUUGCCGUGGCUCAAACUCUAUUUGAUGCUAAUGUUAAUGGAAGAGAGAUGGAGAAAGAGACCAGCACCAGUGAUGGUAAGGCUGAUAAACAAAGUAAAAUCAAUGGGGCUGAGAAUCAGACUGAGGCUACUAUCACUAAUGGGCAUCACCCAGAGAAGGGCACAGAUGAACCUGAGGAGGAGUCUAGUGUCUCUCCAGGCAGUCCCACAGAUGUUCCAGAGGAGCAGGAGGUGGACGUUCCAGAGGAGCAGGAGGUGGACGUUCCAGAGGAGCAGGAGGUGGACGUUCCAGAGGAGCAGGAGGUGGACGUUCCAGAGGAGCAGGAGGUGGACGUUCCAGAGGAGCAGGAGGUGGACGUUCCAGAGGAGCAGGAGGUGGUAGAGAAGCAGGAAGAAGUGCUGGUGAAGCAUGUUCUGGAGAACCGUACUGCCCAGGAGGAGCCAGACCACAACCCUAGCACCAGCACCCCCAGCCCAGCCCACGCUGCCCUUAGAACUAUGAUCAAUGGCUUUGGAGAGAGGACACCAGUGGCUGCUGAGAAUCACCUUCCACCAGAGCUGAAGUCCAGCAGACAUCUCUCAGAGGUCCUGGUGCAGGCUGACAAGAGGGCCUCCCUCAUGGAGAGCUCAACAGAGACUCUGACUGAAGAGGCCUACACCAGUCCAGAGGCCCCAGGGCAGGUACCCAUCUGUGCAGGCCCCCAGCCCUGCUCUGAAGGUAGGAGUCAACCCCCCUGCCACAGGAGAGUGAACGGGGAGGCAGAGCCAGAACAGGGGGCACCCAGGACUUCAAAUGGAGGACACAAGCGGCCCUCCGUCAGUGCCUUCCAUUCUUUGAGUGCUGAUCCCAGCAGGGAGGGACCGUGUAAUGGCGAGAGCUUGGAGGGGGAGCCCUGCAGUGGCCCUCACUGGGCCAAGGUGAAUGGGGAGCGGGCCCCACUGAGCCGCCAGGUGUCCCUGGCCUCCUGCAGCUCCCUGACCCACCACCGCCGGGGCAGCUGCUCCCAGCACCGCUGCCUCCAUGCCCUACCGGGGCGCCCUGCCGCCACACCCAGCCCCGAGCAGCCGGCCCGCAGUCACCUGGACGAUGAUGGGCUGAUGCUCCACACGGACGCCAUCCAGCAGCGGUUGAGGCAGAUCGAGGCAGGCCACCAGAUGGAGGUGGAGAUGCUGAAGAAGCAGGUGCAGGAGCUGUGGAGCCGCCUGGAGAGCCAUCACUACGCAGCGUCCCUCAGGAUCAACGGAGAUCUGGGAGACGAAGUGACCUCAAUGACAGACUCAGAGUAUAACCUGGAUGCUAGCUGCCUGUCCCGCUGCAGCACAGAGCUCUUUUCUGAGGCUAGCUGGGAGCAGGUGGACAAGAAUGACACUGAGGUGACCCGCUGGUACCCGGACCACUUGGCAGCCCAGUGCUACGGGUGUGAGAGUAGGUUCUGGCUCGCCACCAGGAAGCAUCACUGCAGUGACAGGGAGCCUGUCCAAGAGGUCUGGAACUGUGGGAAUGUAUUCUGUGCCAGCUGCUGCGACCAGAAGCUACCCGUGCCAAGCCAGCAGCUAUUUGAGCCCACCCGUGUUUGUAAGACCUGCUACGGCAGCCUCCAGAUCAAUACAGCUCCCAAUCCCAUGGAACUGGAGCUGGAGGAACCCAUCACAGCCAGCUCCAACUAGGGCCCUGGGAGGGGCAGGGCUGAGCCCCCCAGCCAAUACUCAGCUAGCCACUGACACGGUCAGGCACUCUACUGAUGAGCUCAGGAGCUGCAGAAUGUCCCAUGUACGUGUUUGCUGCAAAAUAUUGAUUUUCAUGUAUAUAGGUCUGCAAUGCCAGAUGUAGUGGAGGAGGUGAACAAGGUGUUUUUGCUAGAUGCUAAGCACUUUGAAUGGUGGUUAUGCACAGGAAUGGAUGAAUGGACAGAUUGAUGGAAGGGUGUGUGACAACACACAGAGGACUGCUGGUAGUGUUUGUCGACGUGGUGUAGGACUGGGGCAGCGAUAGAGCAAGGAUAGCCUGUCUGGUCCCGCUGUCCAGGGGGGGCACGAGAGGGUCAUCUCCGAAUGAUGCUGCAAAGUCUUCUUGAGGGCUUGUGUUCAUUUUUUAAAAAACCAACCUAUAGUUCUCUUACAGGAGUGGUACCAUCAUCCAUCCCCUAGGGACUUUUCUGAAGCUCCAGUGCUUCAGAAACCACUUCUGGUGUCCAGAAUAGGGCUGGACUGUGUUGGCAAGACCUUCCAUUGACUUCUGGGGAACACCUGGAUGAAUUUGGGCAGAAUUUCAACUUGAGCUAAGCAGGGAGGGUAUUUGGGAGUUACUGAGAUCUAACAAGUGUUAGUUUUUGAAUUGCAUCAAAGUGUGAAUCCUCUCAUAGCUGGUUCCAUUUUGCAACUCUCUUGGCGUGAAUAGGUGCCACACACUAAUGGUAGACGGUGUAGAUAAUGUUGACAGCUGGUAUUAUUACAAAGCUUCUGAACCAAUGCCGCGUUCAAAACAACUGGGAUCUCAGAUUAAUCAUGUCAGUGAUCGUCAGGUCGGGAAGUCAGAGCUCUAGAAAGAGGCCUGAAUGGAUGACUGUUCACAGAGAUUUUUAUCAGUCGGAACUAGUUGUUUUACGAGUUUCCAGUUGUUUUGAACUCGGCAUAAAUGUAAUUUGACAUUGUCACUAGUUUUCAGAGACCUAAAUAAGCUCGAGGAGAGGCUAUGGAAAUGCAUUAAUUUACUCUGCCCAUCACUUCAAAUUAGAUGUCAUGGAUUGAACAUGACAUCACGUUCAAUCCAUCACAACCAGAGUUUAAUAGGAAGUGGUGUAAUGGUUGUCAUGGGGUCACUAAGGGAUGUGCUUUAGUCAUGUUACUGUAUCAGUGUCCUCCUGUGAUGACAGGAACUCAUUUACCAAUGUGUCCUCAUCUGCAGGAUGGGUGAAUUAUUACCCAACACUGCCUGCUUAUUUAGUAACUAACUUCCUUGAACAUAAUGAAACAGCCCUAAAAUAUUAAGUUGAGUCAUACAUGCAUCACAAUCUUUCCCUUUGAACAUCCUCAACCACCAUUGCGUCAUGUCCUAUAUAAACCGAGGAAGUGCUGGAUAGUACAAGAGGAUGAAAUGUAUAGUACUGUGUCUCUGUGGAACAUCCAGUGUUGUUCUCUUAGCUGGUUAGCUCGGUUUUCUCCUGCUGAAUUGAGAAGUCACUUAUUUCAUCUCUCUUCAAUAAACUCCUCUGAUACAUUUUUGUAACAUAAAUAAUAUAUUCAGAUAAGUAUAUAGCGUUUAAGAAACUAUGUAUAGAAGAAUCCUUUUAUAGUGGCUUACCAAAUUAGUCACCAUAAACCUUUACAUUUGUAUCUUUUUCUUUUGCUGAUUGCUGAAAAAAACCCUAAUUUCAACCUGUUGGAAACAGGAAUCUUUAUUUUUUUAAGGAGGCAUGUUCCUGUUUUGAUGCUGCAGUGGUUUUCCAUUUUAUUGCGAUCAGUACCUGUUUUCAUUAUUUAUUGAUGUUGUAUUCUUGAAUUGCUGUCUCAAAUUUAGACAAUUACAUUGCCACAGGAUAAUCGGUGUUUAUCAGUAGUGGAUCUUAAGGGCCGUGAGAAAAGAUGGCCCAAAUCGAUGAGAUUCCCAUGCACUGACAGAAUGGUGGUCAGAAACAACAACCUAAUACUAUACCCCCACCUCCCACUCACAUACGGUCAGGCAUACCCCACUCAUAUACAGUACAUGUACACACUACCUCUACCAUACAGACAGGAGCUCCACACACUCAUACAUGCACACAGAUAUUCUCACUGUGCUUGUAGUAGUUGAUAUUUGCUUUUCAGAUGUUCGCCAUCAAUAUUGGCCUUUUGUUAUGAAUGAUAUUUGGGUUUUAUGAGAAUUAAAUGUACAAAUACAACCCUAUACGAUGUCAAAUGAUAUCCUUCAAGACUGCCAAUCAUUAAUAAUGCCACUUGUCGUACUAGCAGGACACAAAUGAAUCACGGGAUUUCAGCAAUUGUUAUUAUUCACAACUCUCUACAUUUACAUUUACAUUUAAGUCAUUUAGCAGACGCUCUUAUCCAGAGCGACUUACAAAUUGGUGCAUUCACCUUAUGACAUCCAGUGGAACAGCCACUUUACAAUAGUGCAUCUAAAUCUUUUAAGGGGGAGGGGGGGUGAGAAGGAUUACUUUAUCCUAUCCUAGGUAUUCCUUAAAGAGGUGGGGUUUCAGGUGUCUCCGGAAGGUGGUGAUUGACUCCGCUGUCCUGGCGUCGUGAGGGAGUUUGUUCCACCAUUGGGGGCCAGAGCAGCGAACAGUUUUGACUGGGCUGAGCGGGAACUGUACUUUCUCAGUGGUAGGGAGGCGAGCAGGCCAGAGGUGGAUGAACGCAGUGCCCUUGUUUGGGUGUAGGGCCUGAUCAGAGCCUGAUCAGCAGUCUGUGUGAAAGAGCCAUGUAUAGUUUGAACAGCCAUCUUGUAAAACCAUCUGAGGGCUUAGACCAAACUCUUGACUGUUGAUCUCUUUCAAUGACCCCCUGAAUAGCUUAUACUGUGUACAUUUCAAUGGCUGGACUAAGUGGUCCAUAGCUUCAGAUCUCAAAGCCAUGUGGGUCUUUCUGGUCAUACUUUCCCAAACUGAGGUUUGACAUUGAGGGCUAAAUUAGGUUCAGAGUAAUGCUCCUUUAGACACUCAUUUACUUCUGGCUUCCAUUAGUGUCCCUGUCGCACUCUGGCAUGGCGAGGCUAGAGGCUUUGUAGGGCAGUUUCACCAUUAGUUGUUUUGCAUAGCAUUUCAGUUAAAGUAGACACUGCCACAGAAAUACAUCAAACAAUAAAGCUGACAAUGAGUCUGUUCUAUUCAGUAUUAUGUCACCCACAGAAGGACUCUCAUGAGGGAUGAGCCUGUUUUUUCUUUUGGUGCUGUUGUGGGGCAUAGCUGGAUAUGAUGAUGGGAGUAUGUGGAGGGGUUGGAUUUACACAUUGUCUGUCUGGAGGAGCCCUUACACUUUGUCCAGUUGGGUUUUUGAGUUAUUUUGAUCUUCUUUGGCUUUCAUUUCUCUUCCCUCGUGUGAUUUAAGAAGCUGUCCAUCACGUAGUUCCCCAUAGGAGGCAUCCCUGCAAUGGCCCAGGAAUCCGGUGUAAAUGCAAGUGUUUCCGAGCGUGUGUGUCAGAGGGAAACUGGUGCCAAGCAGUUCUUAUACAGGUCUUUAACAAAGCAGUGGAGUCUGCUGAGAGACGGCUCAUAAUAAUGGCCCGACCAGCGUAAAUGGAAUGGCAUCAAAUACAUGGAAACCAUGUGUUUUAAUCUAUUUGAAACUAUUCCCACUCCAGCUAUUACCAUGAGCCCGUCCUCCCCAAUUAAGUAGCCACCAACCUCCUGUGUAAUAAAGGGAUAUAUAAUGUGCUUUUGAUUUGUUUUCCUCCUUUACCGUUAUCUUUAACAAGCACUUUCAACUUUCUCAUGUAUCGUCGGUCGCAGAGGACUUUAGCUGUUUCCUGUAACAGGACAUAGCAGUUUCUUAUAACAACAGCUGCUCUUUUUGUUUAGAAUGUUUAUUUUCGUUUUGUUGAAUUUACUUUAAAGAGCAUUACAUUGAUGUAGAAAUAAAGGAAAAUAAAGUGG